AUGGAUGGACCCCCUCAAAUGGGUCCAGGGUAUAUAAUAGGUCUUACUGGCAAAACUAUGAAAGAUAGAGGAAAAUAUAUUAUAUCACAGAUUCUUAGCUUUAUGAAAAAUGUCAUGUCAAAAAUUAUAUUAGCUGCAUAUGGUAUUACGAGACAAUUGAAAAUACAACAAUUAUUGUCAUCAUCUUUAUUAUCAUUAUCAUCAUCAGUAUCAGUAGCAACAUCAACAUUAGCACCAUCAGUACCAUCAACAAUAUCAUCAUCAACAUCAUUAUUAUCAUCUACAGUUGUAUCAACCUUACAAUUAUCGUCGUCAUCAAAUAUAUUACCAUCAAUAUCAAAAUCAUCAUUAUCAGUAUCAACCGCAUCAAUACGUAUAAUUGGCGGAUCGGAUGCCAAAUUAAAUGCUGCACCAUUUAUAGUAUCCUUACAACGUGGUACAUAUGAUACUGUUGGUUUAAAUAAAAGUAAACAUGGUUGUAGUGGAUCUAUAAUUACAAAAAAUGUAAUAUUGACAGCAGCUCAUUGUCUCAAAUCGAAUAAUUUAACUGAUAUUUAUGCAAUUAGACGUGUUAAAUUUUAUAUACGUCAUGAGAAUUUUACAACAUGGAAUUAUAGUGGUCCAAAUGAUAUUGCAUUAUUAUUUUUAGAAAAAUCAUUUGAAUUAAAUGAAAAAAUAUCAAUAAUAAAAUUAUCGAAUACGAAUGAACAAAAUUCAUUAGGUAGUAUGGCAACACUUUAUGGUUGGGGUAGUAAAAAAAUAAAUACGAAUGGUAUAAGAAAAGAUCGUACAAAUAUAUUACAAAUGAUAACAACAAAUCUUUUGACAUAUGAAAAAUGUCAUAAAUUAUUACCAAAUAAUAAACGUUUACAUUCAACAAAUAUUUGUACUGGAAAUUUUAAUCAACCAAGUAUUGCAUGUUUUGGUGAUUCAGGUGGACCAUUAGUACAAGAGAGUAAUGAUUUGAAUGGUAAUAAAUUUAUUAUACAAAUUGGUAUUGUAUCAUGGGGUUAUAGAAUAUGUGGAUUAAUAUCAAAACCAUCAAUAUAUACAUAUACUGGCACAAUUGAUAAAGGAGUGAAUGCUGCAGAGUACUCAAAUAUUUAA